ACUCCUCUUAACAUACAUUCUUUUUUCAUACCAAAAUAACCCAAAAAAAAGGCUUAAUUAAGAAAUAAUGGGUUCUUAUUCCAUGUCAAGGAUAAUAACCUUAUUUUUUGUUGUGCUCUUCAUUGGUAGCUGUUCAGCUCAGCUCUCCACUAACUUUUACUCUAAGUCAUGUCCUAAGCUCUUUGCGACGGUUAAAUCAGUAGUUCAAUCUGCCGUGUCUAAAGAACCUCGUAUGGGCGCCUCUCUUCUUCGCCUGUUCUUCCAUGAUUGCUUCGUCAAUGGCUGUGAUGGUUCGAUUCUACUAGACGACACCUCCUCGUUCAAAGGAGAAAAAUCAGCAGCACCGAAUCUUAACUCAGCACGAGGAUUUAAUGUAAUUGACAACAUUAAAUCCAAAGUAGAACAAGUUUGCCCUGGAGUUGUUUCGUGUUCUGAUAUUUUAGCUAUUGCUUCUCGCGACUCUGUUGCAAUUCUUGGUGGUCCGAAUUGGAAUGUGAAGCUAGGACGUCGUGAUGCCAAGACUACGAGUCAGGCUGUUGCAAACAAUGGUAUUCCGCCUCCAACUUCUAGCCUUAGCAGUCUUAUUUCUCGGUUUCAAGCUCAUGGUCUAUCAGCCAAAGAUAUGGUUGCCUUGUCUGGUGCACAUACAAUAGGGCAAGCAAGGUGCGUAACAUUCAGAACACGCAUAUACAAUGAGACAAACACAAUAGACGCAUCAUACGCAAGUUUAAGGCAAAAAAGAUGCCCACGAUCAAAUGGUAACGGCGACAACAAUCUGGCUCCUUUAGACCUUCAAACUCCGAUAAAUUUUGACAACAAAUAUUUUAAGGACUUGGUUGCCAAAAAAGGUCUCCUACAUUCCGAUCAGCAACUCUUCAUGGGCGGUUCGACCGACUCCAUUGUUAGAUCAUACAGCAAUAAUCUUGGAUUUUUCAGGUCUGAUUUUGCUACGGCCAUGGUUAAGAUGGGUAAUAUUAACCCUUUAACUGGCUCACAAGGCGAGAUUCGAAAAAAUUGCAGAAGGGCUAAUUAAGGGUUUAUUUAGUGAUUAUUAUGAUUUUAUCACUUAAUUAUGAUUAUUAAGUAUAUACCAUUUUUUUUAUUUGUGUGAUUGUUGUUUUUGGGAUUGUAUGACAAAUCUUCAAGUGUGACAUAAAUUUGUUUCAUAGCCAGUG